CACCGCCUGUCCACGCCUUUUAACGCGCUCGACUCCUCCCUCGCAUAGGAACCAGUCCCAUGUCGCUUUCUUGGGACGGCUGCGGGUAUGCGACUGACUGGAGCGCCUCUGCGGCAACACGCGCCAGUCCCCGGAGGAGCACCCUUCCCGCUGCUAUGGCUAUGUUUGGUGUGCGUGUGCUGCUGGGCGACUCUCGGACAUGGCAUGACCGAUGAAGCUAUUUCGAAUCUUCGACAAGAGACACGCGACAUCUUCUACCAUGGCUUCGACAACUACAUGGAACACGCCUUCCCUGAAGACGAACUGCGCCCGCUGACCUGCGCCCCUCUUACGCGCGAUCGCCAAAACCCCGCACACAUCGAAGUCAACGACGUGCUGGGAAAUUACUCCUUGACGCUUGUCGACAGCCUGUCCACACUCGCCAUCAUCGCCUCCUCGCCCCCGCCCGACGCGAAAGGAAGGAACAAGGCACUCGACGACUUCCAGGACAGCAUCAAGCUGCUGGUCGAGAACUAUGGAGAUGGUAGACCGGGACCGAGUGGGCAGGGCGAGAGAGCACGUGGUUUUGAUCUAGACAGCAAGGUCCAAGUCUUCGAGACGGUUAUCCGGGGUGUGGGAGGUCUGGUCAGCGCACACCAGUUCGCCGUGGGAGAUUUGCCCAUUCGGGGAUAUGACGCCAAAGAGGAGAAGAGGCAGGGACAGGAGGGAAUAUUCUGGCCCAACGGACUGGUCUACGACGGCCAGCUGCUGCGUCUGGCGACUGAUCUGGCCAAUCGAUUAAUGCCAGCUUUCCACACUCCGACUGGUCUGCCAUACCCCCGAGUGAACCUGCGACAUGGCGUGCCUUUCUAUGCCAAUUCGCCUUACAACACGGACGCUGAGCAUGGUCAGUGCAACAAGAACCCCAACGACAAGGGCACCGAAAUCACAGAGACGUGCAGCGCUGGAGCUGGGAGUCUGGUCCUCGAAUUUUCCACUCUGAGCAGAUUGACGGGCAACCCUCGCUACGAAAAAGCCGCCAAGGACGCUUUCUGGGCCGUCUGGCAGCGCAGAAGUAGCAUUGGGUUGAUUGGUGCUGGCAUCGACGCCGAAACGGGACAGUGGGUGUCUUCGUACACAGGCAUCGGAGCAGGCAUCGACAGCUUUUUCGAGUACGCGCUCAAGUCGCACAUCCUGCUUUCUGGCUUGCCCUACGACUCGGCAAAUGCAAGCACUGAUUCUUCGGACGCCUUUCUCGCCGCUUGGGAAGAUGCGCACGAGGGAAUCAGGCGACACAUCUAUCGCGGAGCCCAGCACCAGCACCCACACUACGCUCAGGUCGAUUUGUAUACGGGCGCCAUUCGUGCUUUUUGGAUCGACAGUUUGAGCGCUUUCUAUCAAGGCCUCCUGACCAUGGCUGGGAAGCUGGAUGAGGCUAUCGAGACGCAUCUACUUUACACUGCCCUUUGGACUCGCUACUCCGCCAUGCCCGAACGAUGGUCGACCGCAUCGGGGAAUAUCGAUCAUGGCUUGCGCUGGUGGGGUGGCCGGCCCGAAUUCAUCGAGUCGACUUGGUACAUCUACCACGCUACAAAAGAUCCCUGGUAUCUUCAUGUUGGCGAGAUGGCGCUUCGCGAUAUCAAGAGACGCUGCUGGACGAAGUGUGGUUGGGCUGGCUUGCAGGAUGUCCGUACUGGCGAGCUGAGCGACCGACAGGAAAGCUUCUUUCUGGGUGAAAGUGCGAAGUAUUUAUUCUUACUCUUCGAUCCCUCACACCCACUCAACACGUGGGACGCGCCGUUUGUCUUCACCACGGAAGGUCAUCCUUUGGUCAUACCAAAACGUCUGCGUCCGGCCAGGACAAAGCUUCAAUCAACCAAGUCCCCCUCCGAGUGGCAGCCGGCUCCGGCAGCAUGUCCUCUUCCACCAGCUUUACUGCCUUUCAGCAUCUCUGCCACGGCUGCGCGGCCCGACAUAUUCCACGCUGCAAGCCUGGCUCGUCUCCAUCUCAUGCCGACCAUAGAGACACUCGAGUCGCCACUUGUUGAGUUCAAUGCGGACCACCCCAGCAUCUCCAUAUCGGACUUGCGGUCUCCCUCCAACUACACGUACUACCCAUGGACGCUACCACUCGAGUUCAUUCCCCACAACGGCAUGAGCUCAGUCAUGGCUACUCGCAACACCUUCGAUUUGUCCUUCCCAAACCUGCCCAACACAUCCCAAGGCAGUGCUCUUCAACGGGUGCAUGAAGGCAUACUCGUCAACUCCAUGAGCGGCAUGCGUCUUGGCAUGAUUCGCGAGCGCGACAAGAUCCUCAGCACAAACGACGACAUGAACGAGCAGUUCCGCAUCUACGCCAUCUCCAACGUAGCGCUAGGCCGCGACGAGAAAGUCUUCAUGUCCCGCGCGACCAUCGAAAACGUCAACCCCCUAGACCCGUUCUUCACGCGAACGCGAAACCCGCACACCGUAGAUCUAAUCAUCGACGCACCGCCCGAACCCCUCCCUGCGCCGUCGCUCAACGCACUAGACGACUUCCUCGACGCAGCCCUCGACGACAUAACCAACCUCGCAGACGCAGACCCCGACUCAAACGCCGCUGCAAACCCCCUCCCCUGGACAAAGAUAUACAUCCACCCCACCCCCCUCUGCACCGACGUGCUCGACAUCUCCAUCCCGAAAACACACCACGUCAUCGUCGUGCCCCGCGGCGGAUGCAGUUUCUCCGCUAAGCUGCGCAAUAUCCCAUCCUUCCCCCCUGAUGCGCUGGGUUUGCAGGUUGUGCUCGUUGUUAGCGAGGAUGGGGAUGGGUAUGGGUUUGACGAAGACGUUGACGGUGGUGGUGGGACGACGAAAACCUCGCCCCUCGUUCAACCCCUGCUAGAUGAUACGCAGACUUCGCCCAGUGGACUGCUGCGCGUUCAUCCCAUUCCGCUGCUUAUGGUGGGCGGCGGCGCCGAGACGAUGGAAGCGUUGGGUCGUGCGCGCGCGGUGGGGGUGAGGAGACGCUGGUUUUUUAAGUGUCAGGGGGUGAGGAUUGGGAAUCUGGUUGUUCUUUGAUGGGGG